GUUGCUUCUAAACAACCCAAACAAAUAUUCACAUACAUAUACGUAUAAAAAUGAUAGGGUGGGAAGACAUUUACGAUGUAAUUUCCGCGAUGUUUCCCCUCUAUGUGGCACUAGUUUUAGGCUAUGGCUCGGUGAAGUGGUGGCACGUGUUCAAGCCAGACCAUUGUGAUGCAAUAAACAAGCUCAAUUGCUACUUCAUCAUGCCUCUUUUCACAUUUGAUUUCACAAGCCGCAUCAAUCCCUACAAAAUGAAUCACCGGUUCAUAGCUGCGGAUGCAAUCUCUAAAGUCAUCAUUCUUGUAACAAUAUCCUUAUGGGCUAAUUGUAGUAGUAAAGGCAGCUAUCAGUGGUCAGUUACAAGCUUCUCUUUAUCUAGCUUGAAUAAUACUCUUGUUGUAGGGGUUCCGCUUAUGCGAGCAAUGUAUGGGAGCUUUGGAGAAAAUCUCGUCAUUCAGUCUUCGAUCUUGCAAUCCUUGCUAUGGAAUAUGUUCUUGUUGUUCAUGCUAGAGUUUGAACACACGAAGCAGCGGUUGGAUUUGGAGGCUGUUCCAAAAAGUUCAGCUGUCGAUAUUGAGACCAGUGACAAUGGUGACACAAGUAGAAGGCCUUCUGUAUUGAUUGUGAUGAAAACAGUUGGGCUAAAGGUUGCUAAGAACCCCAACUCUUAUGCAUGCUUUUUGGGAUUUAUGUGGGCACUUGUUGCAAUUAGGUGGAAUCUAAAAAUGCCACUGAUCUUAGAAGGAUCUAUACAGAUCAUGUCAAGAGCUGGUGCAGGGGUUGCCAUGUUUUGCAUUGGAUUAUUCAUGGCUUUACAAGAGAAGAUAGUUCAUUGUAGUCUUAGACUAACCAUAUAUGGGAUGGUGUUGAGGUUUGUGGCAGCACCAUUGUUGUUGGCAGUUGGUUCUUUUUCUAUGGGUUUGAGAGGUGAUGUUCUUCGCGUUGCCAUCAUUCAAGCUGCUCUACCACAAGCCAUUGUAUCUUUCAUAUACGCAAAGGAAUAUGGUCUGCAUGUAAACGUCCUUAGUACCGCGGUCAUCUUUGGCACAAUUGUGUCCAUACCGGUGCUUGUUGCAUAUUAUGCUGUUCUGGACCUUUUACAUGUAUGAUAUCCAUUAUUUAUGGUUUUUUAUUUAACGCUUAUCUACUCAUAAUUAGUAAAUUAAUAUUUGUAUUGUAAUGUUGUUAGUAAAUAUCUCGUUUUCAUUUGUGUGAAACCUAAUAAAAUCCACAUCAUAGGUUGGCUCA